AUGCUGGCGAUCAUUUUUGGACUUGCACUCUCAUGUACCCAUGGGAAUCGACCUGGAGAGUGCGCUAUAGGAAAAUGCACUAUUUUAGAGGGCCGGUAUUGUUCUGAGUGUGCCACCCCUGGUGAGGUUCCUAUAAACGGACUCUGUAUCCCGUACGACGACCCCAGGGCUGUGGCCUCCGGCUGCGCUUCUGAGGCAGGUAAGCCUCUUAAAAACUCUGCUAAAACCUGUUCUUCAUGUGUAGAAAAGAAUUAUUUCAUUCAUGAGGGCGGGUGUUACAAUAUACUUUAUAGUCCUGGAAAUCUUAUUUGCGUUGAUCUAGCCAGGAAUCUUUGCAAAAUAUGCUCUUUAGGUUACUAUCUCGACACUCAAGCAACUCCUCAGACUUGUAAGACCUGUCAUGCUCACUGCAGUUCUUGUUCUGGAAGUUCUGAAAAUCAGUGCCUGAGUUGUCCUCCGGAUCGUUUUCUUGAUGGGUCUCUCUGUAAAAGGUGUUCAGAUAAACCUUACGGUAUAGAAAAUUGUCGCUCUUGUACAAUGAGUACCAGUGAUUCUUUGAAAUGCCUCUCUUGUCAAGCACAAUAUUAUUUGGCUGGAAAUCAGUGUCUUACUUGCCCUAGCAAUUGCUUGAUGUGUACGGGUGCAACGCCUAAUGAGUGUCUUCUUUGUAUUGAUAACUAUUCAUAUGAUUCACAGACUCGUACAUGUAUUCUCACUUGUGAUAAAAGUAAAAUAGCCAAGUCUGGAAAGUGUGCUGAAGAUGGAUGUACUGCUUUUGAGAACAAACUCUGUGCCCACUGUUCUCUUGGCACCGAAGUACCGAUUAACGGAGUUUGCACUUCUAAUGACCAGAAUAUUUGUCUCCAUAUAUCCAUCUCGUUGGGAAUGUGUGAUAACUGUGGAAAGGGAUACAUCCUUUUUCAAGGCGGAUGUUAUCGUGUGGAUACUGAGCUAGGACUUAAGGCAUGUGCCUACACUACUGAUAUUAGGGGUGCAACCUUUUGUGCGAAAUGUGGUACGCCUGGUUUCGUUCCAAUCAACGGAGUAUGUGUGCCAUACAAUAAUCCGCUAGUUGUAACUUCUGGUUGUCGAGAUUCAGCCGGCGGUCUACCAACACCUGUCUCUAUUAAGUGUACCUCUUGUGGUAAGAAUUACUUCAUUUACCAAGGUGGAUGUUAUUCCCCAGAAUCUGCUCCAGGAAACGUCAUAUGUAACGAGGUGGAUAAUGCUGGGAAAUGCAAAGCGUGUGUAGACAACUAUUUUCGCAACAGAGGAGAUUGUAUUCCAUGCCAUUCAAAUUGUGCUUCAUGCCUUGGUCCUAACGCGAAUGAUUGUACUUCUUGUGCUCCAGAAAUAUUCUUUCAAGUGUUUUCGAUGGGGAAAGGUAUGUGCAAGUAUUGUAAUGAUGUACUUCUUCAGUACGAUAACGCUGGCAUAGCUCACUGUGCAAAAUGCUUACCUCUUCCACGAGGCCAACGAGCGCAAUGCACAGUCUGCGAAAGGGGAUAUCUCCUAACAGAAAAUCACUGCGAAAUAUCGUGCUGGACAAACGGUCUUGCUCCGGGGUCAUGUAAGUCUGAUCAUUGCAACAUUUUCUCGUCUGCACUUUGUUCUUGUUGCGCAAAUGAUAAUGAGUGCCCCAUAAAUGGACAGUGCACAUCUGCCUUAAUGGGCGCCAAAGUAGUAUCUGGCCGCUGCACAGAGUGUCCACCUCGGUAUUUUCCUUACAAAGGAGGAUGCUAUGAAAAAGGAACGCCCAUCGGCCUCAGUAUUUGUAAGGAUGUCGACGACACAGCUACUUGUUCAGUUUGUGCCUCUGGAUAUACCCAUGUUGGAUCAGAAUGCAGACCAUGUAACAUCAAGUACUGCGUAAACUGUGAUGGGGGCGUGGACGUUUGCAAUAGUUGCGCUUAUAGUUAUCAGCUUCAAAAGAAUGAAGGUAAGGACUCAUGUGUUAAAGCUUGCACGGAGGAACUCACGCCUGGGGGCUGCAUUUACGGAGGAUGUGUUGUUCGUGAUAAGACAUUCUGCGAAAGGUGUAGUAUAGAACGUGAGGUUCCCAUAGAUGGGGUUUGCCGGCCUCUACGGGAAGAUGCUCCCGAGUGUGCUGUUAUGGAGGGCGGUAGAUGCCGGAGAUGCUCAAAAGGCUAUCUUCUCUACUACGGUGGAUGUUACAAUACGAUUAAGCCAGUAAUACCGAUAUGUGAAAAGGAACACACACUUACAGGUUAUGGAUUUACAUAUUGUAAGAAAUGCACUCUCGAAACAGAAUAUCCUAUUAACGGAUCUUGCACCACCGAAACUUAUGGAAAUACGUGCAAAGAGGGAGUGUGCACUGGUUGUGGAGCUGGAUAUUUCUUGCACCGUACAGUUUGCUUUACACCAGAAUUUUAUCCACAGAUAUGCACUAAAGCAAGAGCAGGCGUUUGCGAAGUAUGUGGACCAACUUAUUAUCUCAAUCCUGUUCGAAGCUCAACGAUUCAAUCGUGCAUUCACUGUAGCGAUGUAGGUGGAAUUUUCGGCUACACCGGUAUAGCUUUUUGUAGAACGUGUUUAGCUCCCCUAAUCUCUGGUCCAGGACACUGCACAAGCUGUCUAGAUCGCUAUUUAUUGGUUAACGGUGUAUGCGAGGAAAGCUGCCCUCUCCCGACUGACUCGCUACAACCUAGAUCAGGUCAGUGUGCCGUUGAUUUUUGUAAUGUGCUUGGAGCUACCUUUUGUUCAAAGUGCGCGUUGAAUACAGAUGCUCUUAUCGAUGGCAAAUGUACUAGUGUCGAUAAGGAGAAUAUAUGUAAGAAGUCGGGUGUGCCAAAUGGUACAUGCACUGGAUGCGCAGGAUUAUUCUUUUAUUAUAAGAAUGGUUGCUAUAAUCCAAAGACCUAUCCAGGAAACGCCAUUUGUGGCGAGUAUGCUGUAAUGGAUGGCGUGACGUAUUGCUUCCGAUGUAGCAUUUUAUCUGAUCUGCCAGUUAAUGGGCACUGCAUUCCUAUGUCUGACAGCAAGCUUUCUCCGUGCGUUUUGGCCCGUGUGCCUACUGGACGAUGUUAUUAUUGUGUUGACAAUCAUUUUCUGCUUAAAGGGAGUUGUGUCUCAGCAGACCUUGCUCCCGGAACUAUACUAUGCAAAAGCAUCGGAUCUGACAAUGGGAUCUGUGAUAUUUGUAAAGAGGGAUACUACGCGCCCCCCGACCGCUCAAGUAUCAGCGACUCGUGUGUUCCGUGCACAGAGAACAGCGACACGCUGAAGGGCAUACCCCACUGCAAGAGCUGCAAGGUUUCCAACGGACUCCUGGUCUGUGUUGCCUGCGAGCAGUUCUACAGACCAAUGAACGGGGGAACGGAGUGCGUGCAAACGUGCGUUGAGGCAGAGGCAGACCCCAAGGAGCACAGGUGCAGAAAGGACAAGUGUGAUGUCCUGGGCACGUUCUACUGCUCCCAGUGCGCUGCUGACGCCGAGGGCCCAGUCAACGGCGUGUGUGCUUCAGUGGCCGCAGGCGUGUGCAUACAAUAUAAACAAGCUAAUGGCACCUGCAAAUACUGCACCCACAGAUACAUCAAGUACAAGGGUGGCUGCUAUGAAGCGGGGUCGUUCGAGGCGGGGGACAUCUGCGACGCCCAGGAUGUCGUGACAUCGGGCGCAGGGUCGUUUUGUGCGAAGUGUAAGCAGAAGGAUGAGGUGCCCGUUGAUGGGGAGUGCAAGGUCUCGGAUGACUGCACCGUCAAGGGAGAUGGCAUCUGCAGGUCGUGCAAACAGGGUGUUAAGUCAUUCCAGAUAACCAAGGAUGGAAGUCCUGCAACGGUUGCAUGCUUUACUAAGUGUCCGGAUGGGAUGUAUGAGUCUGCUGAGUUCUGUCAGAUGUGUGAUAAGAGCUGCAAGACGUGCCAGGAUAGUGCAACAAAAUGCACGGGAUGCGCAGACGGCUUCUAUCUUGCGGCCGGAAAGUGUGUUGCUUGCAGCGUGCUCCACUGCUUGACGUGCGAUGCGGCAAAUACCUGCGCCUCUUGCCAGGAUGGGUACUAUGCCAGUGGGAACUCGUGUGUUGCAUGCACACCCGGGUGUAAGAAGUGCGAUAGUACUGGGUGUAAGGUCUGCAAGGAUAGAUUUGCACUGAGGAAUAACAUAUGUACUGAGGAAUGCCCCGUUGGAUUGCUUCCCACGUCCUGUGCUGCAGGAUACUGCAAUGUCAACGGCACGCUCGCAUGCAGCCGCUGUGCGCUAUUAAGCAGCGUUAUCAUCGACGGAAAGUGCAAGGCAAAUGACGACGCUUGCAUCCGUACAACCCCAUCCAGCGGGACGUGUGCGGCUUGCAAGGACACGCACCUCCUCUACUAUGGGGGCUGCUAUGCUAAAGGCGCAACAGCUGGGACUGCCAUAUGUGACAGCCAGCACCAGGCUACGCUGGGCCCGUACACGAUCUGCAAGCAAUGCAAGCGAGACGGGGAAGUCCCGAUCGACGGCUCGUGCGUUGCAUUGGCUAACACUAGGGCAAUCAGAUCGCAAUGUGUCGCUGCCACACCAAGCCCCACGUCGUGCACACGCUGCGGGCCAAGGUUCUUCCUGCACGCCGGGGGGUGCUACGAGAUAGGACGCUCGCCUGGAACGGUGGUCUGCGCGGUGGCCGUCGACUCAGCGGUUGCAGGGGUGUGCACAUCGUGUGCCUCCGGGUACUACAGCACAGACCUGCUCGAUCCCACAAAGGAGUCCUGCAUCCUAUGUAAUGAUACAGGUGCAACAAAUGGAUACACGGGCGUUGACGGCUGCACAGAGUGCUAUCCAAGCGAGACACCAAAGAGGGUCAUCUGCACGCGAUGCAAGGACAAGCACAUUCCUAGCGAGGACGGCUCGCGGUGUAUCCAAAGCUGCAACGACAGUAGAUCAGAGUCUGGUAACUGUAAGGCUGGCAGCUGUACGGCGAUGGGCUCGCUGUACUGUUCCAGGUGUGCGCUGGAUGACGAGUGGCCGAUCAACGGGGCUUGCACGGGGCAUGACACAGACUAUGUUUGCGAGAAGGGGAAGGGCGUCUGCACAGGGUGCCUACGCGGAUACAUGCUCUACAUGGGCGGGUGCUAUGACCCUGCCGCGAUUCCCGGGUCUGGCAUUUGUAGGGAGCUUCUGACAGUCGGAAGGCGCACAUAUUGCAAGCAGUGCAAUCUUGCAGGAGAGUUUCCAAUAAAUGGCCUGUGUACAAAGGAUGUGCCAGAUGGUGUCUCGUGCUCCAGCGGUUUAUGCGUCAUAUGUCCCGAGAACUACUUCUUCCACGAGGGAGGCUGCUAUGAUAUCACGACUACUCCUGGAAGUGGGAUUUGCGAAGUCCUUGGAACAGGCCGCGAUGCCGGAACCUGUCGGCGGUGCAGACCCGGCUACCGUCACAACAAGGAGACGCUGACGUGCAUGUCCUGCGCCGUCUCCAACUGCGCCAGCUGCGAGAUAGACGUGAAGUACUGCACAGAAUGCAUUCAGCCCUACACGCUGACAGGCGUCGGGGCCGGGGCAUACUGCACGAAGCCCUGCAAAAGAGUGGGGCAGGACGCUUGCAGUUGGGGCUCCUGCACAGUCAUGGACGGGUCUCUGUGCUCGCAGUGCGCGUCGAGUGAUUAUGUGCCGAUCGACGGCGUCUGCACACUCUAUCCUGGAGAAGCUCGCUCACUUGCCGGUCCAUGCGUAAAGGACGCCAAGAAGGGCCGCUGCACCGCGUGCCGAGGGAGCUACUUCCUCCACCAGGGGGGCUGCUACUCCGCAGGCGAGUACCCCGGCACGGGUAUCUGCGAUGAGCGCGAUGCAGUGGUCGUCGACGGCCAGGUCGUCUGCGGGCGCUGCCUGAUCGACGGAGAGGUUCCUCUGGAUGGCACGUGCGCAGAGCCGAAGGAGGGACUUAUCUGCAGCAAGGGCGUGUGCUCGCACUGCGGAGACGGGAUGUUCCUCUUCGAGGGCGCCUGCUACACAAAGGAAAGGGCGCCGGGGACGAGCAUUUGUGGAGACACCACGGAGUCGACGUCCGGGUGCACUGCAUGCAAGGCAGGCUUUUCCAAGACAGAUAAGGGCUGCGUGCGCUGCUCCGAUCCCAACUGCGGCGCGUGCGUAGACGACCCCAACACGUGCACUGCUUGCAGGGCCGGAUACUAUCUCCAGAGCACGUCCUGCAUUGCGUGCCACCCAGCGUGCAAGACGUGCGAUGGUAUGGGGGCUGAUAAAUGCAAAGAGUGCGCCGAGGGAUACUUUGGCACGUUCACCACGCCUGGCCUGGGAGCCUGUCUUGCCUGCUCGGACACGUCUGGCAGGGACAGCUGGGUGGGAGUGAGUGGCUGCAGGCUCUGUGAGGCUCCGAAGGUAGCGGGCCCCGCACUGUGCAAGGACUGUCUCCCGGGCUACAAGGCGCUCUCGACCGGGACAGAGGUGACCUGCCAUGCAGUCUGUCCAAUGACGUACUACGAGGCCGCUGACAGCUGCAUCCCGUGCGCGAUCGACAACUGUGCAACGUGUACAAGCACGAGAUGCACCAGCUGCGUCCCAGAGCACAUCUGGAACGGCGAAGAGUGCGUCCCCAAGAUCUGCCCUCCGCAAUGCCUCUGUAGGGAGCAAAGUAUAGCGUGCAUAGGAUGCAACGAGAAUGCCGUCGAGGUCAGGCCGACCCACUCCAGCGCCAGCAGGUGCCUGCUGUGCAACGACGCGGGGGCAGGCGGAGGAUGGACAGGGGUCGACGGCUGCCAGAGGUGCCGCCUCGCUGAUCGCGUGGGCCCGGUCGUCUGUCUGGCGUGCGAGAGUGGACGCAAGGCGCUGACUCUGGACGGGAUGCUCCUGUGCCCCCGCGACUGUCCGACAGAGGGCUUCUGGACAAGCGGCAGCGAAUGCAUCCCCUGCGCGCCUGGUUGCCUCCGCUGCACAUCUGCCACCACAUGCAGCGCGUGCAGCCAGGGAUACUACUCGACGCAGAGCUCUGUCUCUGCUCCGUCCGAUUGCCGCCCGUGCGAUGAUGUGACAAGCCAGAACGGUUUCACGGGAAUUCCACACUGUGCCGUGUGCGCGGCAGACCGGGCAAGGGCGGGGGUCACGUGCCACGCCUGCGCGGAAGGCUACGGGCUCUCCGGGGGCUCGUGCAGCCCGUGCACCGCGGCCGGUUGCGCCCGUUGCGACGGGGGUGUCUGCACCUCCUGCAAGAGGGGCUGGCACCUGGCGGGCGACCGCUGCCUGGCAUGCCCCUCUCCGUGCGCCGCCUGCUCGUCGGCAGCCAGCUGUCUGGCCUGUGCCGACAGGUACUUCCAGGCGACGCCCCUCGGAGGCCCCCGGGACUGUGUGCCCUGCGACCAGACGGCGCCCCAGGGGCUUCGGAUGGCAGGCAUCCACGGGUGCGGGCUCUGCCAGGCGCAGGCAGGGUCAGGCGCCGUCCUCUGCCUCCGUUGUGCGGACGGAAACCUCCCCCUGGAGAACUACUGCGGAGGCUCGUCGGUCAAGCGCCGCCUCGGCCCAGGCGCGAUCACAGGGAUCACCCUUGGCGUGACCGUUCUUGUAGGCGGGACCAUCGGGCUCACAUUUAGUUUGAUGGCAUCCAAGCAUAAAUCUCAGGCCAGCGGGCUCCGGCCAUUGACAGCUUGA